CUAGUAAAUCUUGCGAAAGAAGAGCACCACCCCUUGAAAUUUAGUGUGAGACAAUUCGGGCAAGGACUUGGAUGACAUUUCAACCACAAACAUGAUCAACGGUGCAGAAGGGAUUCAACAGGAAGAGAGGGAGGAGCCCAUGAAUACAUCGCACACAGGAGACUCUUUCGGGGCAACGAUGAACUCUGACAUCCCGAAUAGUGGCCACUGCAGCACACAGCAGCCCAGGGGCAAAUGGGCCAACAAGUCUGAGUUUCUGUUCGCCAUGGCUGGGGAGAUCAUUGGGUUGGGCAAUGUAUGGCGCUUCCCAUACCUCUGUUAUAAAAAUGGCGGAGGAGUUUUCUUUAUCCCAUACUUUGUAUUCCUCUUCUUCUGUGGAAUUCCCAUCUUCUUCCUGGAGACAGCCCUAGGGCAGUAUACCAGUGAGGGUGGAGUCACUGCCUGGCGCAAGAUUUGCCCCAUGUUUGAAGGGAUAGGAAUUGCCUCUCAGGUGAUUGUAUCGUACCUCAAUAUUUAUUACAUUGUGGUACUAGCUUGGGCUGUCAUCUACCUAUACAACUCCUUUAAGCAUUCUCUACCCUGGGCUAACUGUAACAACCCCUGGAAUACAGAAAACUGUGCGACCACUUUGAACUUUUCCACAACUACUCUUCUGCGUUAUGACUAUAAUGACACAGACCUUGAUGACUAUAGUUAUGACAAUAGUGCUGCUGUUAGUCCUGAAGAAGAAUUCUGGCGAUUUCGAUUGUUACGGCAGGAAGACACAGGUCUGGGUCAUAUAAACAGUGACCUGGCUCUUUGUCUCUUUCUUGUCUGGAUCAUCUGCUAUUUCUGCAUCUGGAAGGGGAUCAAAUCCACAGGCAAGGUUGUGUACUUCACAGCCACUUUUCCUUAUCUGAUGUUGUUCAUCCUCGUAAUUCGUGGGGUGACUUUGCCAGGUGCUAUGACUGGAAUUAAAUAUUACCUCUAUCCAAACCUGUCAAAGCUUGCAAAAAUUCAGGUAUGGGUUGAUGGAGGGACACAGGUAUUUUUCUCUUAUGCUGUUUGCCAGGGUGUUCUCACUGCUCUCGGGAGUUACAACAAAUACAACAACAACUGCUACAGAGACUGCAUUGGGCUUUGCAUACUCAACAGCUGCACAAGUAUUUUUGCUGGAUUUGCCGUCUUCUCUGUGCUGGGUUUCAUGUGUCAUCAGCUGAAUGUUGACAUGGCCGAGGUUGUUAGUAGCGGUCCUGGACUUGCCUUUAUUACUUAUCCCAGAGCAUUAGCUCUUCUCCCAGGUGCUCAGUUCUGGUCUGUGCUCUUCUUCCUCAUGCUCCUUCUUCUUGGUCUGGAUAGCCAGUUUGUGUGUGUUGAAAGCCUGGCUACAGCCAUAUCUGAUCUGUUUCCUGGUGAGCUCAGGAAGCGGGGAAGACGGGAGAUCUUGGUGUUGGUUAUUGCCAUUGUGUGUUUCCUCUUUGGCCUACCAUUCAUCACACAGGGGGGUAUCCAUCUUUUUACUUUAGUAGACCUUUAUGCCGUCAGUGGGAACAGCCUUCUCUUCAUUGCCUUCUUUGAGACCAUUGUCAUCGCAUGGAUUUAUGGUGCAGAUCGUUUCUAUGACAAUAUCGAAGACAUGAUUGGGUAUCCACCAUUUCCUGUCCUUAAGUACUGUUGGCUGUUUAUCACACCAUUGAUAUGUGGGGCCACUCUUUGCUAUAAUAUGGUAACAACGUCAGUGUCUUUGCCAUGGGGUCGUGGUUUGGCUUACAUCCUCAUGCUUACUCCCAUGCUUUGCAUCCCAGCCUUCAUCUUAGUGGCUCUUUUAAAGACUUCUGAAGACCAACUCACACCAUCCAGUGACUUGCGGCAGAUAAGACCACACAAAGCUCGGCUUACACUCUUUGGUUUAGUCAUCAAUGGUUGGCAAAAACCCCAAGCAAUGUCCUAUGCCUUUACAACCAACAGAAUCUGAAGAUGUUGAUGACAAGCCUACUCUUCUUCAAGCUGAGCAAACCUUGAUACUUUACGUCCAUAUCUGUUAUCAUUUCAUAUCAUGCCAGGAAAGUGAUUAGGGCCCGAGCAACCAAAGUGGAAGGAUUUCUGGAAGGAUUACAGAUUUCUUUUUUUUUUUUUUUCAUCAGUAAUUUUGUGUCAACAAUUCCCAGGACACCAAAAGACUGGGGUGCAUGAAUAUUGGUGGGCAUAUAGCCCCACAAGGGCCCUCAGUGACAUAAGGGGGUGCUGGGGAGUCCCUGUGUGAUGCCCGAGGCCAAGCCUUUGUCCACUAGUGAAUUAUGCAUGAAUUAUGAACCACUUCAAAAAAGGUGAAGUACUGCAGAAAAUGACAAACUACUUUUACUAUAACCUUCUGUGUCCUGGCAGGCUACUAAAUAAUUUGUCGAUCCAUCCCUAACAAACGUAAUGUAGCCUAAGCUACAACGGAAAUCUCUUUCAGUGAUUUCACCGACACGGACAUGACAGCCUGUCCUGCAUUAAUGUGCACAGCCUGUUUUGCUUACAAAAUUAUAAACUGUAACCUAACUCCAGUAGCUAACACUCUCCGGAACAUUUCUAGCGGUAAUCAUAGGCAUUGAUGGAUUUGCGAGAUCACGCAAAACAAACUCAAUAUCUCGCAAAAGAAAGUCAAGAUGUCGCAAAAUAAACUCGAUAUCUCGCAAAGAAACUCGGGAUCUCGCAAAACAAAGUCAAGAUCUCGCAAAAGAAACUCGAGAUCUCGCAAAGCCAAACUCAAGAUCUCGCAAAUCUAGUCAGUGUUUGUCCACAGUACAUACCUUUUCUCAGGUUUUUUUCCCCCCUUCAUGUCACCUCCAGGGCUCUGUACCACAGUAAAGGAUUCAGAGUAAAAAAGGAAAACUUGAAAACAGGUCAAAUGUUCAAUUCCAUCGACUUAAGUGCAAUCUUUUUGAUAGAAUGAACUGCAGUGAUGGCGCCGUAAUGGUACCGUGAAUACUCCAGAGAGAGCAGCCAAAACAUCCUUCUUGACAAAUGCUUAAUCACUAUUUACUGUUUCUGUUUUCUGUUAAGGUUAUAUAUUGCACUAUUAACAUCAUGCGCAACAGAUGCUAAACAUCUAAAAUUCUAGUUUCUCUUUGUCGUAAACAAAAUCAAAGCAUGCUCAGGUCAUGUGAAUGACUAGGCCCCAUUGCUCAUCUAUCAAUAUUUGGACAAAGCCAACUGGGCGAUUUGAUUGGUUGCUGAGUUUUCAUACGGGCAUAGACCUAUGGCUAAACCACGCCCCCGAACGCAACGAGCCAAUCACAGUGGGCAUAUAGCUACAAUAC